AGUCGACGCUGAGUCCCAAACUGAAUAGGCCCGAACCCACCGUGUUGACUGGGGUCAGAUUGUCACACAGCUUUUACUUUGAAGACAGCUAGCACACGUAUCCUGUUCAAGCCCCUCCUCUCUACGCCAAAUCUUGUGGACUCUGUUUGUCCCUUCGCGAGACCAGUAGUAUUCCUUCCGAAAGAUCAACGCCUCAGAGCCGCGCUAACAUAUUUUGGUGAAGGUCGUGAGUUCUUCUUGUACUCCACAAUGUCUCUGGCUAAGCCUGCAAUGCGAGGACUCCUCGGGAAGCGUCUGAGGUUCCACCUGCCCAUCGCCUUCGCCCUGUCAUUGGUGGCUGCAGCAGCUUUCAAGUACGGUGUAACAGAGCCAAGGAAACAGGCCUAUGCCGAUUUCUACAAACAAUAUGAUGCCACAAAGGAGUUCAACAACAUGAGGGAAGCUGGCAUUUUUGAAAGUGUCAGGCCAACUGGCAAAUAAACCCCUGUUGCAUCCCAUUGUGCGUUCCUGCUCUGUGAUUUACUGAUCGAACAUUGCUGUUAUGUUCUCAUAAAUAAACUAUUCUCUCUAUGGGUG